CCAGUCCGGACUCCAGCCGGUCGGAGGCGCAGCCCGAACGAAAUGGAGCAGCCCCGGAAGGCGGUGGUGGUGACGGGGUUUGGUCCUUUUGGGGAGCACACCGUGAACGCCAGCUGGAUUGCAGUCCAGGAGCUGGAGAAGCUGGGCCUUGGUGACAGUGUGGACCUGCACGUGUAUGAGAUUCCAGUUGAGUACCAGACAGUUCAGAGGCUCAUCCCUGCCCUGUGGGAAAAGCAUAGCCCACAGGUACCUCUGCGACUUCACCUACUACACCUCUCUGUACCAGAGUCAUGGCCGCUCAGCCUUUGUCCAUGUGCCUCCACUGGGCAAGCCAUACAACGCAGACCAGCUGGGCAGGGCUCUGCGGGCCAUCAUCGAGGAGAUGCUGGGUGUCCUGGAGCAGUCAGAAGGCAAAAUCCACUGUCGCCACAAACACUGAGAGCCAUGCAGGCCUCCCAAGACCUCAUCCCACCAGGGACCCCGGGAGGGGACAAACCUUUCAGCUGGGGAUCUGAUUUGGAUCAAAUAUUUCUAUUUACAUACCCCCCUCCCUUUUUCUCCACAAAUGCGCUGAUUGAUUUGAAGGAGGCUGCUGAAGAAUUUUUCUCUGUUUCCCUUUGCAUCUGGGGAGGUGGCCAUGAUGUCUGAGAGAUGCUUGGGUGUGGAUUUCUGAAGAGAAUCCUGAUCGGGUGGAUCUCUGAACUGCGAUCCCAUGACUGGGGACACCUGUACACUUGCUUCUCUAGGUCUCUGGUAAAGGGAUUUCAGAGUUCCUUCCAUCCUGUGACUGUUUUUUUCCAAACUUAAAAGCCUCUCAAAGAGUCUUUGCCCUGAUCCAUGCCCCAGCAGCUUGGACAGCCUUGGGAUAGGGUAUGGCUUUCUUUUUUUAAAUUCUUAUUCUCUCUUUUUUUUUAAAAAUUGAUUUGAGAGAGAGAGGAAGUGGGGAGG